UCUUGGGGCAAAUUCACAUUCCUCAAACCAGUGAAAGUUUCAGUCUUUCAGACGACUGACCUAGAUUGUGGAAUCCUAAAUUCUAUCGAUAAAUGAAGGAUUGAAAGUACGGCUUUGAAAAAUUAGAAAUCAUACGUGCGUUGACGAUGGAUUCGCUUUUAGUCCAGAGAAGGAUAAAAUUGGAUUUCUAUGGCGUUUCGUUUCUGCUGCUACAGAUCGUGGCAUGUUUAAAUCGUUUACUCCCAUUAGCGUCUGCAAAAUCGGAUGGAAUUUGUGUAUCUCCUGGAGGUAGGUUUCCAGCAUAUUCAAUUCAAGGGAAGCCUCCAAGAAAAGUCAACAAGGGACCAAAUGAUUUGACUCUUUGUAGAAUCUUCCGGAAGAAAACAUGUUGUGAUGUCACACAAACUCAUCCUGCCUUGCUGGCAAUUAGGAGAUUGGCUUCAACUGGAGAGGCGAGUGAUGAAUGCUUGCAUUUAUGGGAGCUUCUAGAAUGUUCUAUUUGUGAUCCACAUGUUGGUGUACAACCUGGAUCACCUGUUAUAUGUGGCUCUCUUUGUGAUAGGAUUUAUGAUGCUUGCUCUAAUGCCUACUUUGCUAUGGAUGCAAAGAAUCAGGUGUUGGCUCCAUGUGGAAUGAGUGACACUGUUUGUGGAAGAGCAUCUGAAUGGGUGAUAAAUGGAACAGAGCUUUGUAAAGCUUCUGGGUUUUCUGUGAAGCCAUUUAAUGAUUUUAAAGAUACAUUUUGUUAUGGUGGAAAAGCAAGUCUAGAAUCUGUUGUGGAUUCAUGGCGGAGUUCACAAUCCGGUGUCACUCGGACCACCCAAAGUUCCGGUGUACUCCAUCAUUUUCAGCAGUGGGUCCGCCAAAUGCCCAUUAAUGAACAAGUUUCAUGGGCUGUUGGAGGAUUGGUUCUUACUGCAGGCCUUCUCUUUGUAAGUAAAAGGAAGAGCAGCUACUAUCAGCGGCAACGACAGGCGGCUGUACAACGCACUGCAAGGAAGCUUGGAGGGAAAACAAGCCCCAAGUACCCUGCGAAUCAAGCUAACAGAAAAUGAAACUUGUAGAUGAAAUUUUACUAUAAUACCCUUUUAGUCUUGUAAUAUCAGUAGAAGGUUUUCCCUAAAUUUUACAAAUCUUGUGCUUUUUAGACAUUUGAGUUUGUCCAGGGAACAUAUGCAGACUUUUUUAGAAGGUUGAUGGAAGAACUUAUUGGGAUUUCAGUUUGUUAAAUGAGCCAAGGCUGGACAUGUUUUUUAGGGCUAUUUUUGCUGGACACGAAUAUGUAACUACCCGUUCAUAUAGCCGCCAUUUAAUUUUUGGAAAA